ACAUUCGAAGUGGUGAUCGUGCGAGCGUUGUGCAGCGCUGAGUCAGUCGAUUUCUACCUUUCGUCGAACAUCGACGGACCUCAGCGGACGGAUCACUUGGCCCGGUAGUCGGUUCGGUACGCAUCAAAACACGCGACGAGGGUUGAAGUUCAGUUAAAUUUUGGGACAAUUCGUGGUUCCAGAGUCGGGAAAGGUUGCAGUGUGCUAGAUUGCUUGAAAAGAGUACGGAGUUUGUGAUUUCCAACGCCAAAGGAUGGUUCUGGAAGCCCUGGUGAAGUGACUGUGAGUGAGGGUGACCCAUUUACGGUGCAGUGUCUACGUGAAGAAUCCAGCAGAAGUGAAAACACAAGUGAAGAAGACGGAAGGGGGAAACCAGAAGAAAGCACAAUUGGGCCAGUGGGUGGAAUUUCAUGAGCUGUUGUUGUUGGCGCGUUUGCUCGUAAACAGGUUCGCUGGAGGAGCGUCCAACAAAACCUUGAACCUCCUAGGAAGAACAGCUUGCUGGAUGCUGCGCACAGCGACGAACGCCGUGAACAAAUCUCAGACCGGCUAACACGUGCGUUCAGCAUCAUCUGUGACGCCAUUGCAGUACCAUGCUAUGCCGUAGCUUGUUGUUACCCGCUAAACAACCCCACGGCAGAAUACCAUAAAACGAACGGUUGUUUUGUUGACGACCGGAGAGCGACUCCCUCUCCCUCUCUGAAAAGCGCCUCUCCCAAAAGAGCCACAGUCGGAAAGUUUGAGAAACCGACGCCGAUAAGCAACAGCUGCGAUGAGCGAGUUGGUGGGAGCCGCCAUAGGUUCGGUGGCCACGGCGGCCUCCAGCGUCGGCUGGUUCGUGCCCAUGCUAGUGGCGGCUAUUGCCUACUUCCAGUACGAGGAAUUUAUGGAUCCCGAGGCGAGAGUGAUCGACGUGCCGACCGACGCAAUGUUGGAUAAAUAUGAUUUCAUAAUAAUAGGAGCCGGUUCGGCAGGGGCAGUACUGGCGAAUCGGCUGACCGAGGUGGAAAACUGGAAUGUGUUGCUGCUGGAAGCCGGUGGUGAUGAAACGGAGAUAUCGGAGGUACCACUAAUGGCGGGAUAUCUGCAAUUGAGCAAAUUGGACUGGAAAUACAAGACCGAACCAUCUGGGAAGUUUUGCUUAGCUAUGGCCGGCGGACGAUGUAACUGGCCUCGGGGAAAGGUGCUCGGAGGUUCCAGUGUUCUGAAUUACAUGCUGUACUUGCGUGGCAACAAAAAAGAUUACGACAACUGGGAAGCAAUGGGCAACACCGGUUGGGGUUACAAAGAUGCACUGUACUAUUUCAAAAAGUCUGAAGAUAACACCAAUCCAUACCUGGCCAAUACCCCUUAUCACUCAACGGGUGGCUACCUGACCGUGGGGGAAGCACCGUAUCAUACGCCUUUAGCGGCUGCCUUCGUAGAGGCCGGAGUUGAAAUGGGUUACGAUAACCGAGAUUUGAACGGUGCCAAGCAGACAGGUUUUAUGAUUGCUCAGGGUACGAUCAGACGCGGUGGAAGAUGCAGUACUGGGAAGGCGUUCUUGAGACCAGCGAGGUUGAGGACCAAUCUGCACGUGGCCAUGUUUUCGCAUGUUACAAAAGUUUUGAUUGAUCCCGUUUCAAAAAUUGCAUUCGGAGUUGAAUUUAUUAGAGAUAGGAAAAUACACGUGGUACGAGCCUCCAAAGAGGUGAUCGUUUCCGGUGGAUCGGUCAACUCACCCCAAAUACUCAUGCUCUCUGGAAUAGGACCAAAGGCCGAGCUGGCGAAGCAUAGGAUUCCACUGAUCAAGGAUCUUGCAGUGGGUGAAAAUCUUCAAGAUCAUGUGGCUCUCGGCGGUCUCACUUUUAUGGUCAAUCAACCAGUCUCAAUUGUGGAAAAUAGAUUCCAUUCCAUGUCAACAGUAUUGCAGUACGCAGUUUUAGGCCAAGGACCCCUCACGAUUCUGGGAGGCGUCGAAGGGCUUGCAUUUGUGAGUACAAAGCACGUCAAUGCAACGGACGAUUUCCCGGACAUUGAAUUCCACUUUGUCUCGGGAUCUACGAAUUCCGAUGGAGGAAACCAGCUGAGGAAGGCACACGGUUUGACGGAUUCGUUCUACAAUGCAGUCUUCUCACCAAUCAACAAUAUGGAUGCUUGGAGCAUAAUCCCAAUGCUACUGCGUCCCAAGAGCACGGGUCAAAUCAGACUUCGAAGUGCCAAUCCGUUGGACUAUCCGUACAUUUAUCCAAACUAUUUGUCUGAAGAUAUUGACAUGAAAACGCUCAUCGAGGGCGUCAAGAUUGCGUACGCCGUUUCCAGAACGCAAACGAUGCAAAAGUUCCAAUCCACUCUGAGUGGGUAUAAAUUCCCCGGCUGUACGCACAUUAAAAUGUUUACCGAUUUGUACUGGGAGUGCAUGAUACGGCAUUACACGUGCACGAUCUACCACCCGGUGGGCACCUGUAAGAUGGGACCCUACUGGGACAAGCAAGCGGUCGUGGAUCCACAGCUGCGGGUGUACGGAGUUCGGGGAUUGCGCGUCAUCGACGCCAGCAUCAUGCCAAAAUUAGUCAGUGCCAACACUAACGCACCGGUGAUCAUGAUCGCCGAGAAGGGAGCCGAUAUGAUCAAGGAUUUCUGGAUCAAGCGAAAUGUUGCGUGAAAGUGAAGCCAAAUACAGGGAUGAAAUUGUGUAAAUAGUAGACGUAAACUUGCAUAGAAUGUAUUUAUUGAACUGUCUUAUCCGUCUAACGUAUGAAAACAAGGUGUCAUUUUAUGUUGAAUUAAGUGAAACCCUUCAGAAAUGUGUACCGUAGUUUAUGAUUGUGAUCCACAUACAAGAUAUUCAUAGCGAAUAGAGUUAAGCAAAUGCAACGACAACAAAUAAAACACGUACUGCACUAUUGAAAA